UGGUGCGCCCCCAGGUGUGCCGGCCUCGGCGCCAGCGCCACCAUUUUGUGUGAGGGAAUGCCUCCUUCUCCUUCCUCCGCCCGCCGCGGCCGGCGUCCUGCUCCCCGGCUGCUGCCUGCCGAGCCCCCUCCCCUCCCGGCUCUCCCGCCUGGAGCCUGUCCUCUCGAGUCCAUCGCCUUGGCGUGGGGAAAGCGGACCUGGUGGCGGGUGGAGCGGAAGCGUUGAGGUUCGGGUUCAGCCACUCAGGUGGCCUCCAAAGAUGCUCUAACCACCUCCCUUACCUUUCACUACUUUUGGAAUAGAGGAUGGCAUUCCCUGUGGAUAUGCUGGAUAAUUGCAGUCACGAGGAAUUGGAAAAUUCUGCUGAAGAUUACAUGUCAGAUCUAAGGUGUGGAGACCCUGAAAAUCCUGAGUGUUUUUCUCUUCUCAAUAUUACGAUUCCUAUUAGCCUGUCAAAUGUAGGCUUUGUACCUCUUUAUGGUGGAGAUCAAACCCAGAAAAUUCUUGCUCUUUUUGCACCUGAGGACUCACUCACAGCUGUGGCCCUUUACCUUGCUGAUCAGUGGUGGGCUAUUGAUGAUAUUGUGAAAACAUCUGUCCCUUCUAGAGAGGGGCUUAAGCAGGUGAGAACUCUCGGGGAGAGAGUGGUUCUCUAUGUUCUGAAUCGAAUUAUUUAUAGAAAGCAGGAAAUGGAGAGGAAUGAGAUCCCAUUCCUGUGUCAUAGCAGUACUGAUUAUGCUAAGAUUCUGUGGAAGAAAGGAGAGGCCAUUGGGUUUUAUUCAGUUAAGCCUACAGGCAGCAUAUGUACCUCAUUUCUUACCCAAAGCUACCAACUGCCAGUUCUCGAUACAAUGUUUGUAAGAAAGAAAUACCGAGGCAAAGAUUUUGGGCUUCACAUGCUGGAGGACUUUGUUGAUUCCUUUACAGAAGACGCACUUGGCUUGCGGUAUCCACUGACCUCUCUGAUGUACACAGCUUGCAAGCAGUAUUUUGAAAAGUAUCCUGGGGACCAUGAGCUCCUUUGGGAGGUUGAAGGUGUUGGACAUUGGUACCAGCGAAUACCAGUCACCAGAGCGUUACAAAGAGAAGCGCUUAAAAUUACGGCAGUUUCUCACAAUGAAGCUAAAAGACCUAUGUCUGGAGAAUACGGUCUUGCAUCUGUUCCAGAAUUUGAAGCCGGAACUGAAGAUAAUCAGUCUAGUGAGAUGCAGCUAACUAUUGAUUCUCUAAAAGAUGCCUUUGCAAGCACUUCUGAAGGUCAUGAUAAGACACCUGUUUCCACUCGUGCUCGAAGUAGUCAUCUAAAGCGGCCAAAGAUUGGAAAGCGGUUUCAGGACUCUGAAUUUAGUAGUUCGCAAGCAGAAGAUGAAAGGACUCACCAGACUUCACCUACAGCUUCAGUAAACAAAUUGGAGUCUACUGCACAUACAUCAGAGAGCUCAGAAGAAUUCUUGGAAGAGGGACCUGAACAGAAUGUGAUGGAAUUUGCAGAUGGAAGUAGUGAUAAAGACGUUCGGCCAGCACCAGAAACCCAGCCACGCCUGGAAAAGCAAGAUGGUGAAAAGGAAUCUGAAUUAGAGCCCGUGAAUGGUGAGAUAAUGGAUGAUACUCUUAAAACUUCACUUAUGCCAGAAGAGGAGGACUCCACUAGUGAAGUUUUAGAUGAAGAAUUAAAAUUGCAGUCUUUUAAUUCCAGUGAAGAUUCUACAAAUCUUGUUCCACUGGUGGUAGAAUCUUCAAACCCCCCUGAGGCUGCUACUCAGGAUAAGACUUCACGUAUAACUGACUCAGAAACCUUGCUAGACGAAGGCCCACCUGAUGAAAAAGGGCACACUGAGGAGAAGCUGCCUCUAGUUUCAAGAAAGAAAGCUCACUUUGGCAGUUCAGACAACGCUGCUACUAUCCCAAAUGAAGAACGGUCCAAUAGUGGUUUUCCAAACUCUGUGGUCACUGAAUUUUCUGAAGAAUCGAUCUCUGAAAAUGUGUCACCCAACACUACUUCCUCAUUGGAAGACCAGGUUGAGGAGGGGGUCCCUGAGCCCCAGGAAACGUCUCCGGCUCUCCCGCAGAGUUCUUUGAUAGAGGUUGAACUUGAGGAUGUGCCAUUUUCACAGAACGCCGGACAGAAGAACCAGUCAGAGGAGCAGUCCGAAGCAUCUUCUGAGCAACUGGAUCAGUUUACACCAUCAGCAGAGAAAACUGUGGAUAGCAGCUCAGAGGAAAUAGAAGUGGAGGUGCCUGUCGUGGACCGGCGGAAUUUAAGAAGAAAGGCCAAAGGGCACAAAGGACCUGCAAAGAAGAAAGCCAAGCUGACCUGAAUGAAGAAGAAAUGCAGAUGAAAAAGCCUCUUCUUUGUUACGUAAUUGUCGUUUUUAAAAUAUGGCAACUAAUAAAUAGCAUGGGACACAGGAUAAAAAUUCCAAAUUUUCAAUUCGAACUUAUUUAUGAUGCUGUUUUUCCCUCCCCCAUAGGACCUAGAAUUCACCGUUCUUUUUAAUUUUUCAGGCUAUUUUGUGUAAAUACAACUUUUUAAUUUUUAUUAACCAUGUUUCGAUUUGGGGAAACCAGAUCAUACUAUAUUUUCAUUAGCAGUUGGGGGCUAUCUGACCAUUAAUAUUUCAGAAAAUAUAAAGUGAAAAACUGAAAGUAGUAGAGUUCCCAUCAGUUGUAAGGAUCGCAGAAAUCUUUUAUACUAAAGGUUUUAAUAGUAAACUUGGUGAAGGUUCUAGAAGUUUUAUCCUAAAUUUCAAAACUAAUCACCAUUUUUUAAAAACGUAGGCAUGCUUAAACAAAAAUGUCAGUAAAUUAGGAUAAACGUAACUUCAACUAAAUGAGAGCACAAAUUCAGAAAUGUGUGGUCAAAGGUUUGUGAAGGUGGGUAUUUUGGCCUUUAAAUUCUUAGUUGAAGGUGCAAGUUUCUUCCUUUGACUUCAGUGUCUGUGGGAAGGUACAAACAAAACCUGUUUCCAGCUCACUCUUUAUAACGUCUGGUAUUAACAGUACUGCUAGGGAUUUAACUCUGGCAUGUCGACAGUAUUACUAUUUAAAAUAUCAUUUGAAGCCGGGACUAUACUUUUGUCCUCACCCAAUUAACGUGUGUACUUUAGAAGUGUGAGAACCUUUCCAAAGGCUUCUCCUUAAUCUGCCACUGCCUUUAUUCUAGAAUCUUCUUUAUAUUCCCCUCAGCUUUCAUCCACUUCCCUAACUCAUGGAGUGAUUCCUGUCUGAAGAUCUGCUUGCCUGCCUGCCUGCCUGCCUGCCUGCCUGCCAGCUUAUGUCCUUGGCUUUCAUUUUUGGUAGGUUUGGAACUGCGCCCCACAAUCUUAGACCGAGACGGCAGGGAUAAGCUACUCUAGGAACCGCAGUUACAAGAACUUAAGUCAGAUCAGAGCUUCGUUUGUCCCUUCGGGCUUACUCCCUCUUGAUUUGUUCUGUGAGGGCAGGUUACAAGCAAGCUAGCCUCUGUGUGUACAUUGAGUUGCCAGAACAAAGGGCUUUGCCUGGGAAAACUGAAAGCAAAAAAUAAACCCAAAACCCCCAAUUGUUUUUUUUUUUUCUUUCUUUUUUUUUUUUUGUUGUUUAAGUAAUUUAUUUAAAAAUGAACAAAAUGGUUAUUCUUAUGAUCCAAAGAGAAUCUUGAAACAAUCCUACUUUUUAGACCUAUUGUGUGUACUCAGAUUUUCACUUAAGUUUGAGAAUGCUUUGAGAUCAUUUAGGUUGUUUUUAAAACUGCUUGGUCCUUAAAUGAAAAAAAUGUGUUGUGACUUUGUGUCAUUAUUUGAGGUGCUAAGGAUUGACGUUGAAAGUUUAUUCAGUCUACUGUCAGGUGAUGUUGUUAAAUUUAAUUUUGGGAUGUUGGCAUUUCAGAAAGAUUUAAAGUUGAGAUGAAAUCUUUAGCAGGCAAAAUAGCAAACCCUCCUUAUUCAUGUAAAAUUUUUGAAUACAUGUGUCCCCUACAUUUUCUUUAGUUUAUUGGUCAGAGGUAAGCUAGACCAUUUCAUUCUAAGUGAAAGUUAAGCUCUUUGACCAUUUGUUUUCUUAACAGAUGCUAAUCAAGUGAAAGAAUAAGUAUGACUUAAUACUAGUGUAUCUAUCAAACAUUUAUGCUGUUUUAUACAUUUUGUGAGAAAUUUUUGUUAAUACCACAACUAGGGAAAUAAAGAUUUAGUAAAUUCUUAACCUUUUCAUUUUUAAUUUCUUAGAAUAGAUUUAAAAGCCUAACACUUAGGUAUUUACUUUUUUACUUGGAUUCUUCAUUGUUCUCUUUAAAAUACUUUCUUUAAAAGUAUUUUAGUGUAUAAUUUAAGACUGAGCUCACUGACAACUCUUAACAUGUGAAUAGUCGCUGAGUUUACAAAAAAGGUUAAUUAUUCAUAUAUGAUCCCUAAGGACUAACAGUAUAAACUUAUAAAACUUGUUUGGUUUAUUCUUAAACAGUAAGUGCAUUUUAAGAAGUUUCAGAACUUUUUGUUUAAGUAAGAAAAUUUUUGUCACGUGUCUCUGACAGAAUGUUAUUUUGGGGUUUAUAGAUGGUAGAGGAAAAAAAAGUUAGGUCACAUGGAAAAACCGAAUUUUCGUGUUCCGUAACGACGAGUUCUAUACUCAGUAGGUGAGGACAGACUUUGUAACAGCAUUUAUCCUCAUUAAGGAAUCUAAAGAAAACUUAAUCAGAUCACUUAUACUUUUUGCAAAAGGCAUUAAAAAACCUCUGGGAAUUCCAGAGGAUUGCGGUCAUACUUCAGCCAGAUAAGCUAGUUGUUGAGUGUCCAGUCACAUUUCUGUAGUCCUUUGUGAACUGCUUUUUUCUGUUUAGAAGUCUCGUUUGUGGAGAAGGGAAGUUCACUUCAGUUUGUAUAAAUACGUAUAUAUUUCCUUGUGUAAUAUAAAGCAGACAGUUAUUAGCAAAAUUUUAGUUCUACUUUCAAGUUUAAAUUAUUCAAUUGCUAGACAUCACAGAAAUAUAUUGAAGAAUUUAUUAUAAAGUUCCUCUACAACUUUUAAAGGUGAGAGGGUCUAUUAUGAUUUUUUAUAAAAUCAAAUAGCAUGACAGAAUGUCUAUCUUCUACUACUUAAAAUGUGUCUAUAUUCAUGGUGUUUCCAUUCAGUGCAGAGAAUUAUCAUGGCAAGGAUAAAAAUUGCUAGUGAUUAAUGGUUCACUUUUAGCUGACCACCGAACACCACCUAAAAAGGUUUCAGUGAUUGUAGAAAAAUAUCUUGAAGGUUUAUGAUUGCAUCAAAUUGAGCCUUUACCUAGUAUCUAAAUACCUGCUCUUACAUUCUGCUUUACCCUUAGGGAUUACCUUCUAAGGUUUGGUCACACCAGCAAACUGAAACAGAUCUUAAUGUAAAUAAAAAAUUUAUACUAACAUUACUCAUCUGUGUAACAGUAUUUUAGAAGUUUCUGCCUUGUAUGUCCACUAGUAGCAAUAUGAUGUUUGAAGUGUUAUCCAGUCUUUCAUGGGUGUGAUUAGUUAAAAUGUUUAUGCUUCUGUUUGCAUACUUAGUAUCAAGCUUUAUUUGUACAAGCUAGUUAACUUGCUUAUUUUUGGUUGUGAAAAAUAAGCAAACCUCAGUUCUGUAUCUAGUGUUUAGCUAAUUUCUUUUAUUUCAUCCUCCAAAACUUGUUAUUCACACCUUUCCCAUUUCUCUUAGUGGCAAAAUCAUUUGUUAAAAUUUAAGUGUAAGGAAGGUUAGCUUCUGUUAUCUUGAAGUAAUUGUGUCAUACUGGAUAGCCACUCCGGAGGAACUAGCCUUUCUUUUCCUAAGUGUCUCUGUGUUCUAAAACUUUACUGUGUUUAUAGAACUUAGAAAAGAUGUUAUAUUAUUCAGAAUAGCAAGAUUUACUCAAGUACUUAUGUUUGUUUUCUUGGUAGUUUUUUUUUUUUAAACAGUAGUAAUUAAACCUAUAUUUUGUGAUUGUUUCCUGGUCUGUGUUUUGAAAUUCCUUCCCUUUCCCCUAAUUUCAUUGGUGAAGAUGUGUUUAGAUACCGAGUUUGUUUAGACAUUGAUUUUUGUUAAUGGCACAAUUUAAUCACAUUGGUUGUACUUUCAAGACUUUAAAAAAUAAACAGAAUUUAAAACAA